GGUCUUCAUGAAGCCUACUUGACCUGCACCAAGUAACUCUGUGCUAUGAGGACACAAUUGCCCGCCGGCGCACCAAGUCUCGCGACCGGGCGAAUGACGCGGGUUUCACGGCCAAUUCUAGCAGCUUGGACGAAAAAAGUGCAACACGAUCACUAUUUCAAGGAGGCAAAGAAAGCGGGGUACGUGUCACGGGCGGCUUACAAGCUCCUAGAAAUUCAAGACAAGCAUAAAAUCAUCAAGCAAGGCGGCACGGUACUGGACCUGGGAUGCAGUCCGGGCGCGUGGCUGCAGGUGGCGUGUCAACAGAUCGGGCCGCGGGAGCGCGGCGGCACGGUGCUAGGCGUGGACAUCCAGCCGGUCACAGUGCCGGAGCGCUUUUGCGACGCGCGCGUGAGGGUGAUGCAGGCUGACGCACGGACGCUGCCGCCGUCGUUGCUUGCGGAGUAUGCGCCCGGGGGUUUUGACACGGUGCUGUCUGACAUGCUCCAGUUCACCAGCGGCGUCAACGACGUUGAGCUGUCGCUGGAGCUGGCGGGUACGGCGCUGCACAUCGCCACCGGGUACCACUUUGAUGUGUAUGGCGAGGCAUAUGUGCAGCAGGUGGGCUUCCGCCACACGGGCUUCCUGCGGCCCGGCGGCGCGUUGGUGAUGAAGGUGUAUGAGGGCACUGGCGUGACUGAGUUCGUUCGCGACAUGCAGCGCUACUUCACCAAGGUGGUGCGCAUGCGUGUGGACGCGUCAAGAUCCAUGAGCCGGGAAUUCUACGCAGUGGGGUUGGGGCGCAAGCCUCCGCCGAAGCAGCAGCAGUGAUGAUGAAGCCUGCGAGGGCAUGCGACGGCGGCAGCAGCGGCCUGAUAGCGUGGCAGGACUAGUAAGCCAAAUGGCUCGGGGCUUUGCUCGAUCGAUGGACGGGGGCAGGGGGUUCUGAUGUUGGUUGCGGCGCACGCUACUGGAGGUUCGCAGGGGCUGCUCGGCGGCGCAUGGCGGCGGGGCUGCCCCGGCUGCCCUGGCUGACGUAUGUCUGGACACGCACACGGCGUAGUGGUCGGCUGGUCGCGCAUGUCCCAGAAGCACCCGACAUUGGGGAGUGGAGCAUACGUACUCCGGUGCAUAUGGGGAUGGUGCCUGGAAUGCGGCGAAUGCGGCAGCAGGCAGAAGGCACGGUCACGGAGGCGGUGUCUACAGGUGUGGAAUGAUGGCAUGGUAGCUGGAGUUGUGCAGCGUGUCACGAUUACCGAGUACCAGCUAGAGUGGGGCCUCUGCACGGCUGGAGGAAUGGGGCAAGUGUAGAACAGCGUCGCGCAGGUGCAGGAUUGGAGGGACCGUCCGACCUGGCGGCAAGGCCUUGACGGCGUGGCAUUGGUGUUGGGUACGCCGAGUAUACCGUACGGUUGUCGGUGUUGCUGUGAUGCAGUACCGGUAAAGGGGUGGCAAGCGCACAUGUGUAUGGUCCCUGGGCGCUACCAUGAGAGCCCACAAAGAAUGUCGGUUUGUGACAUUUAUGCGGAGAAUGUGUGGUGCAAGAGCAGGUGUGCACCCUUGGGGUGCAGUGCUAUGCGAGAGCGCAGGGGUCACGUCGGGCAAAUCAAAAGCGUUGAUUUUCAGGUGCAUGCAAGUCCGCGGAGGCGUGCAUGUACCGUAUGGCCCCACGUACACGUGUAAAUGUGCUGCGUUUUUGUAACUCGAAGCUUAGGGACA